CUCAAGAAAGCCAUUUGUAUAAAUUCCAUUUCAAGUACUAUCUCCAAGAACCCGACUUUCCAGUCUUCCAAUUCCAUUUUUCCACCAAAGAAAUCAAGAAAAUCCCCAAUCCACCAUGACUGCACCACCAAUCUUCAUCUCUACAACCACUCUCCACACCCUUUUCACUCACAAAUCCCUCAUCAACCACCUCCAAAUAUCCCUCCCAACUUUCACUUCCACUAUUGAAUCUCCACUUCGCCAUGCUCACCAAACAAGCCCUUCCACUUCUCUCCUCCUCAUGCCUUCUUGGUCUCAUUCCCCUUCACUUCCUUAUAUUGGUACUAAACUAGUCACUUACCAUCCUAACAACUCUGCUCAAAAUUUACCUGGUGUUCAUGCAAGUUAUGUUCUUUUCAAUUCCAUUACUGGACAAACUUUAGCCACUAUGGAUGCCACUGAACUCACUGUUUACAGAACUGCUUGCACCUCAGCUUUAGGUUCAAAAUUCUUAUCAAGACAAGAUUCUGAGACCCUUUUGAUGAUUGGUGCUGGUACUUUAGCGCCACAUUUGAUCAAGGCACAUCUGACAGUUAGGCCAAAUUUGAAGAAAGUGAUAGUCUGGAAUAGAACUGCUGAUAAGGCGAAAAAGGUGGUCGAGAAAUUGCAAAGUGAAGGUGGAUUUGAAGGGGUGAGUUUUGAGAGUAAUGGGUGUCUUGAGGAAGUUGUGGGAUUGGGAGAUAUAGUGAGUUGUGCAACAAAUUCAGAGACGCCAUUAGUGAAGGGGGGGAAGCUUAAAGAAGGGGCGCAUUUGGAUUUGGUUGGAUCGUUUAAGCAUUCGAUGAGGGAGUGCGAUGAUGAAGCGUUGAAGAGGGGGAGAGUGUUUGUUGAUAAUGAAGCUGCAUUGGUAGAGGCAGGGGAACUGGUUGGUGCAUUUGAGAGAGGGGUUAUUACAAGGGAUGAUAUUGUUGGGGACUUGUUGGAAUUGAUAAAGGGAGAAAAGAAUGGGAGAACAACUGAUGAGGAGAUUACUGUGUUUAAAACUGUUGGUUCUGGUGUUGUUGAUCUUCUCACAGCUCAAUUAGCAUAUGAGACUUACAUGAAGAAUUGUUAACUAUAGUUACUUAAUUCUUUACUCAUCAUAUAUGGCUAUUUGAAUAACAAUAAGAGAAAGGUAAAGCUUUAUUUUCUCUGAAGUUCUUGUUCUUUGUCUCAAUAAGAUAGUGAUGCAGAUUUGACAUUUCAAAAGAUGUUAUCAUUUGACAGGUUUUUACCUGGUUAAUGUGGUUGUUUUAUA